CCCAGGGUACCUUCUAAACUCUGCGCGUAAAAAGAACCUACAAGACUUAUCGAGAAGAGCGGGAUCCAUCACUAUGAACAAAACUCCCUUGCUUCAGUCAAGGAUAACUACAAAACCUUAAUUUCUGAUCGUAGUGAAAACCCAGGCCAUGAGCUCGUCACCAGAGUGAGAUGACCUCUAACCCCUAUUUCUUCAGCGGCGUGUGUGUGGAAGAGAGAAGUUAGCAAGUCGGACGUUUUCAGACAUUUUUUGCACAUUCACAAGAAGUAUAUAACUCAGUUUGUAACAUGGCAGCAGCUAACAGUGACCUUUGCCAGGACAGGGAGGUCAUGUCAAGCUGUGGACACAGGACAGCUUCUAUAACCAGUAUGGAUGCACACAUAGAGACCCACGUAGGAGAGAAACCCUACAUGUGUGGGGAAUGUGGACACCGGACAGACAGAAAAAGCGCAAUGGACAAUCACAUGAAAGUUCACACAGGAGAAAAAUUCUUUGACUGUGAGGACUGUGAUUUCAGUGCAACUCACAAGGGUGACUUGAAAAGGCAUAUGGAGACUCACAAGACUAAAGCACGACUAUCUAUGUGCGGAGAAUGUGGCUUUCAAACCGCCAAUGGGGGAGCAAUGACCAUUCAUAUGAAAGUCCACACUGUUGAGAAGUCUCGUGUAGAGAGGCCCUACGCCUGUGAGGAAUGUACCUACCAAACAGCUAGCAAGGGCGACCUGCAAACUCACAUGAAAACUCACAUAGGUGAGAAACUGUUCAUGUGUACACAGGGCUUUAAAUGUGGGUACAGGACAUCAUGCAGGCUUGCUAUCGACACACACACGAAAACCCACACCAUCUGCAAAGACUGUGGGUACAAGGCAACUGACAAGGCUGACAUGCUCGCACACAAGAACCUGAAGACAAACUGUGCUAAACCACAUCCCUGCGGACAAUGUGACUUCAGAGCAGCUACAAAAUUUGACUUGGACCGACAUGCAGCUAAGAAGUUCACGUUAGAUCUCCACAUGACAACUCACACAGGGGAGAGACCUUACGCCUGUGAUAAAUGUGACUACAGGGCAGCUCAGAGAGGGACCUUAAAGCAACAUCUGGAAACUCACAAGAAGGCAAAGUAG